ACCCUGCACACUACCUCCUGGCUCCUCCCCUCUCUCUCUCUCCUCGUACAACUCCUCCUGCUAUUUUCCCUUUUUUCUUCCUUUGUUCUUCUUCAACUUCACACCCCGCCGCGAUCACGUUUACUUCUUUCAAGUGAAGGUUGAACCCCGCGCAACAAUGGCAGAACGUUUCUUCCCCAAUAUGAUGCCCGACUUUGUCCCUGAAAACCCUAAUCUUCUAAUCCAAGAUGAAGAACAACAACAACAGCUCAAAAAGAACCGUGGGAGAGUUGAGAUUUAUCCUCAAGGCACACAUGAUUCACUAUUGAGGCUCCUCUCGCUCCCUUACCCUACUCUAUCCAACCAGCUACAACGGGCUGCUCUUGACCUCAAAGAAACUAUUCUGGAGCAAACAUGGGGCCUCACAGGGAAACAUGGAAAUUUUACAUUGUAUGUGGGCACAUUGGGCACUGCUUGUUUGCUCUUUAAAUCUUUCCAAGUGACUCAGAACAAGAAUGAUUUGAAUCUGUGUUUGGAGAUCAUCAAGGCGUGUGAUUCCUCUUCCAUUCAAACCAGAGAUGUGACUUUUAUGCUUGGGAGAGGUGGUGUAUGUGCUCUUGGAGCUAUUGUGGCCAAGCAUACGGGCGACGAUAAUUUGGUUAGUUAUUAUUUGGCCCAAUUUAAAGAGAUGAAGCUGUCAAAAGAUCAUCCUGACGAGUUGUUAUAUGGCAAAGCUGGAUACUUAUGGGCUUGUUUAUUUCUUAACAAGCAUUUAGGCAAGGAGACAAUUCCUUCAGCCAUCAUGGAUCCUGUUGUGAGGGAAAUUAUCAAAAAGGGGAGAAAACUAGGGGAACAGGGUGGAAGUCCCUUGAUGUUUGAAUGGUAUGGCAGAAAGUACUGGGGUGCGGCCCAUGGAUUGGCUGGAAUCCUCCAUGUACUGAUGGAUUGUAAUCUGACAUCAAACGAGGUUGAGGAUGUCAAAGGAACUCUUCGCUAUAUGAUCAGAAAUCGCUUCCCCAGUGGGAAUUACCCUGCCAGUGAAGAAGAUAAGUUGAGAGAUGUUCUUGUGCAUUGGUGCCAUGGUGCUCCUGGGAUUGCUCUCACGCUCAUUAAAGUUGCUGAGGUGUUUGGGGAUGAAGAGUUUCUUGAAGCUGCGAUGAAUGCAGCGGAGGUAGUUUGGAGUCGUGGGCUACUGAAACGAGUUGGGAUGUGCCAUGGCAUAAGUGGAAAUGCUUAUGUGUUCUUGUCACUCUAUCGUUUAACGGGGAUCAUGGAGUACUUGUACAGAGCGAAAGCUUUGGUAUGCUUUUUGCUGGAUAGAGGUGAGAUGCUAAUGUCAAGCGGGGAGAUGCACAGAGGGGACAAUGCAUAUUCCCUGUACGAAGGAGUUGGGGGAAUGGUUCAUCUUUUCUUUGACAUGGUUCAACCCAAGAAUGCUAGAUUCCCUGGCUAUGAUAAAUAAUUACUAUACAUCUGUGUGUAUAUGUGCCUAUCGUAUGCAUCCUUUUUUCAGGUUUGCUGCGCAGUUUAGUUUUAUGGUUCA